AAGUUUGAUGGGCCGCAGUUAAGAAAAUGAAGGGGCUGGGUUUAAUGGGUUUUGAAGAUGAUCUGGCAGGCAGGCAGGCAGGCUGUGUUUUACAUCAUCGGGGUCGUCGUCCCCCUCGAUCGAUCGCUUCUAUAGUCAACUCAGCCGAUCCGGUGAUUGGUUUCCUCCUCUUUGGUUUGGUUGCGAUUAGGGUUUUGACUUUCUGUCUAAAUUGAUUUCAGGAGUUUGAGAAGAAGGAUGAAUUACAUAUUAGGAGCUUUCAAACCGGCUUGUAAUAUUUCAAUUACUUUUGCCGAUGCCAAAACUCGCAAGCAGGUUCCAUUAAAGAAAGAAAAUGGUCAGACGAUACUGGUCCCCCUUUUCCAUAGUCAAGAAAACAUUGCUGGAAAGAUUUCUGUAGAACCAGUGCAAGGAAAGAAAGUUGAACACAAUGGCAUUAAAAUUGAGCUCCUUGGUCAGAUUGAAAUGUAUUUUGACAGGGGGAACUUCUAUGACUUUACCUCACUUGUUCGUGAACUGGAUAUUCCUGGUGAACUAUAUGAGAGGAAAACAUAUCCUUUUGAAUUUUCAACAGUUGAAAUGCCGUAUGAGACAUACAAUGGAGCCAAUGUUCGACUUCGAUACGUCUUAAAGGUAACCAUUGCUCGUGGCUAUGCUGGUAGCAUAGUGGAAUACCAAGAUUUUGUGGUCCGCAACUACAGCCCAUCUCCUGAAAUCAACAAUAGUAUUAAGAUGGAAGUUGGAAUAGAAGACUGCCUUCAUAUUGAGUUUGAGUACAACAAGAGCAAGUAUCAUCUUAAAGAUGUGAUUAUUGGGAAGAUAUAUUUUCUUCUUGUUAGAAUCAAGCUAAAGAAUAUGGAUCUUGAGAUCAGACGAAGAGAAUCGACUGGUUCUGGGGCCAACACUCAUGUGGAGACAGAAACCUUAGCAAAAUUUGAGUUGAUGGAUGGUGCUCCUGUUAGAGGUGAGUCGAUUCCAAUCAGGCUGUUUCUGAGCCCAUACGAACUGACGCCAACACACCGCAAUAUUAACAACAAAUUUAGUGUGAAGUAUUAUUUGAAUCUGGUGCUUGUUGACGAGGAAGAUCGCAGGUACUUCAAGCAGCAGGAAAUCACGAUAUAUCGAACUGCAGAGACCUCUCCCUGAUUUGAUUUGGAUUGGAUUCCUUGAUAUGGAUGAUACCUAAAAGCUUUUUGUUAUUUGUACUUUGUAUGUAUGUAUAGGUAAGUAGAUUUUAUUUUGAUUGUUGUGUUGUGAAGUGAAGAUUUGUUUUUUGUGUUGUGAUGGGGUGUGUGUGAAUAAAGGAAUCAGGGCUGGGUCCACAUUUGAUGAGGCUUGAGAAAUUUAUCA